AUCUCUGACACUGGGAACAACCCAGUUAUGUUUUGUGAUUGUUCUUACUUCCCAGGAGACGCACGUGGAUCGCAGUGGGCUUUGGCUGUUGGAAAGGGCUGAGGCACGCAGCUCUCUGGUUCUCUUUGUUUUGCACGAUCCUUUGCCUAGGAAGAGAAGUCAGAGUGGGUCUGGAUCAUGCUGGCCAGCCAGGUGCAGGGAGUCCUCCUCUCGGGUGUGUGUCCCUGGUUGUGUAUAUUCAUAUCUUUCUUUGAAGGCUGUGCCAGCUGUGCGUCCGAGGAGAGGCUCUUUCACAAACUGUUCUCCCGUUACAACCAGUUCAUCAGGCCCGUGGAGAACGUUUCAGACCCGGUCACCGUGUACUUCGAAGUGGCCAUCACACAGCUGGCCGACGUGGAUGAAGUAAACCAGAUAUUGGAAACAAAUUUGUGGCUGCGUCAUAUCUGGAAUGAUUAUAAAUUGCGCUGGGAUCCAAUGGAAUAUGACGGCAUUGAGACUCUUCGUGUUCCAGCGGAUAAGAUCUGGAAGCCUGACAUUGUUCUCUAUAACAACGCUGUAGGCGACUUUCAAGUCGAAGGCAAGACCAAAGCCCUGCUGAAAUACAACGGCACCAUAACCUGGACUCCACCCGCCAUUUUUAAGAGUUCCUGUCCUAUGGAUAUCACCUUUUUCCCUUUCGAUCAUCAAAAUUGUUCCAUGAAAUUUGGUUCCUGGACUUAUGACAAAGCUGAAAUUGACCUUCUGAUCAUUGGCUCUAAAGUGGACAUGAAUGACUUCUGGGAGAACAGUGAGUGGGAAAUUGUCGAUGCUUCUGGCUAUAAGCACGACAUAAAAUACAACUGUUGUGAGGAGAUAUACACAGACAUCACCUACUCAUUUUACAUCAGAAGGCUGCCGAUGUUUUACACCAUUAAUCUCAUCAUCCCCUGUCUCUUCAUUUCAUUUCUAACUGUGUUGGUUUUUUACCUUCCUUCAGACUGUGGUGAAAAAGUGACCCUUUGCAUUUCAGUUCUGCUUUCUCUGACUGUGUUUUUGCUGGUCAUUACUGAAACCAUUCCAUCCACGUCUCUCGUGAUCCCCCUGGUGGGCGAGUACCUGCUGUUCACCAUGAUCUUUGUCACCCUGUCCAUUGUGGUGACUGUGUUUGUGUUGAACAUUCACUACCGCACCCCAACAACACACACCAUGCCCAAGUGGGUGAAGACCAUUUUCCUCCAGCUGUUGCCCCAGAUCCUGAUGAUGAAGAGGCCUCUGGACAAGACGAGGGAGGCAGGUUCUGAUAAAAACCCCCAAGGUGCUUCUAGUAGACCUGCCAAAGUCAAGUUUGCUGACCCUGAAGAGCCUGAACUUCCUAAGAAAUGCUGCCAUUGUCACAAAUCAAGUGAGCACGCCACCAGCAAGGGACUAGGUCAUCAGCCUUUACAAUGGGUGGCCGAAAACUCAGAGCACUUGCCUGAAGUUGAAGAUGUGAUUGACAGUGUUCAAUUCAUAGCAGAAAACAUGAAGAACCAAAAUGAAACUAAGGAGGUGGAAGACGACUGGAAGUACGUGGCCAUGGUGGUGGACAGAGUGUUCCUCUGGGUGUUCAUCAUCGUCUGUGUCUUUGGGACUGCUGGGCUGUUUCUGCAGCCACUACUUGGGAACACAGGAAAAUCUUAAGAUGCAGUUAAGUUUUAUCUUCGGAAACUUACCAACACUGUAUUUGUUCUGUAUUCCCUCCUCCAUGGAAAGGGACAUAAAACGUCCCACCCAGGUCCUCCAUCUGCUGAAACUGGUGACUCGGUGGCAAAUAGGGACUUUAUUGGAAUUCAGGAGUCGGAGCACCUCCCGUGAAGCCCUAGGCAGUGUGCGAGGUGUCUGAGCCCUGGGGCUUGGAGCUGGCGGCCCCGCAGGGGAGGUGCCAGGUCAGGCUUCCCUUGUCUGCACAUGUCUGGCUCCUAGGGACAACAGUGACCCGUAAGACGGCUAAGCUGUGUCACUGACAUCAAGCCACCCUAGGACGAGGGCCUGCUGCACUUGCAGUCCGGGCUGUUUCUUAGCACAGUGACAGGGAGCCAGGGGACCCUGGGGCUCGGCCCUCACCACUCUCACAAAUGAUCACAUCCUCACCUGUGCAUGUCUCUGUGAUGCAGUCACCCGAUACAUUAGUCGGUUUUACAGAACACUGCAGUGCCUGCCACAGCACGCUGUCUAAUUAACACUCAUCCAUCAAGAAGCUCGAGUGGCUCCCAGCGCUGUGCUAGGUUGGGCAAGGGUAACAGAAAUAGGUUCUUCCCCCAAGCACCUACAGCGUUUUAGGAAAGGCCGGAAAUCCAAAGAUCUGGAUCUGCAGGACCAGGAACCACGUGGGACGUGUCACUGGAGCCACCCAAAUGGGAGAACAUCGUGUGGCAUGGCCACGCAAACUGGAAGCCACCGGUGUUGUGGGCUGACUAAAGUUCUUCUAGUCUUUUAUCCUCACAGUUUCCACCUGUCGUUGUCCUGAGUCUGAAAAUAAAGUUCUUUCCUCUAGAAGAAAUUACAGCAUUGUGCCUGGUGGAGCAGUUCCUUUGCUAAAGAGAAGAAGAACACGAGGAAUUCUGUUUAAUUCCGCUCUGGUUAUCUUCUAUCUAGUGUAUGAACAUCACCAUAACAAAUUUUAAAGAUGUAUUUGAAA